AUUGGAGCAGGCGAUUAUCAAUCGGAUGUAUCGACUGCGGAUGCGCCGUGCAAAUAUCGAUCAAGCCUUGAUGUUUGCGCUUUCCCUUUGGUUUCGCCGGAUGACUCCACGCCUCAGCUGUCAUAUGAUCAGAAGGCUGCAAAACUUCCAGGCUUCGUCCGAAAGCCGUCGUCCAGACUGCAGGUCGAGGAUGUCGACUAUCUAGCCUUGACGGGAGCGUUAACGGUCCCUGAUACAGAGUUGCGUAAGGAGCUGCUCAAGGCCUACGUGCAUUACGUGCAUCCCAGCAUGCCUAUCUUAGACAUUUCUGUUUUAAUACAGAGCAUUGUGCUGGAGAACGGGAUGCGGCCCUUAAGUCUUUUGCUAUUCCAAGCAAUGAUGUUUGCUGCGAUGGCGUAUAUUGACUUCGAGCAUCUAGGAGUAGCUGGCUACGCAAAUCGAAAGCUAGCCCGAGAGACAUUUUUUAUGAGAGUAAGGCGUUUGUACGAUCUCGAAUAUGAAACCGAUCCAAUCUCGCUUGUCCAGUCUCUCCUACUAAUGACACAUACCAAUGAGAUGAAUGCCGACCAAAAGGACAGUUGGUACUGGCUGGGGAUUAGUAUAUCUCUCGCACACUCUAUUGGUUUGCAUCGCGGGUCAAGAAAUCUCUUUGGCCAUGAGACAGCCGAUGCGGAUCAGAGACUGUGA